UCCCAUCCCACUUUUACCCCAUCGCUUUAGACGGACACAUUGAUCCUCCAUCCUCUUAGUUGAAUGAAAAAAGUGGGCAGUUCACGAUUUCAUAUUUGCCCUCACUGUCUCAAACUCUCUCUUUUCUCCCUGUCCUUUGCAGGCGGUCGGACGUACGCGUCCCAUACCUGCAUAGAGUUCCCAGUAUUCUUGGGUAUAGUAUUGAACGUCGCAAUAUCCCGCGCGCACUGCACCAAGUGAGGGAGCCGAUGCCGAAAAGACUUCCCAUCCUUUCAACCAAAAAAAUAUUAUAAAAUCCAGGAUUGGACAACCAUUAAUCGAAAUGUUUGUCAAAAUAAUGCGACCAGUAAGGUUCCUCCCCCUUCUGUGCGCAGUUUGCCACCUGACCAUGGCUUUCCCCGCCCAAACAGGAUACUCAGAAGACAACAACCGUCAACUCCAGGUCACCAUCUCCAAGACAACCCCCAUCUCUGGUGCACACCUGGGGGGCUCCAUCACAAUCACCUGUCUGGUGUCCCUGUCACCUGGGCCCCCCUCAUCCUCCUCGCCCCCCAUCCCUCCCCGGGUCAAGUGGAGCGUGUUGCAUGAGGGGGAGCAGGAGGAGACAGAGAUCCUGGUGGCGCGGGGUCAAAGGGUGAGGGUCAAUGAGGCCUACAGAGAACGAGCCUCCCUGGUCAACUUUGCAGACUCGCCUGAGGACCUCUCCCUCUGGUUGGGGGAGCUGCGCUCAAGCGACACGGGGCACUACCGCUGCGAGGUGCAGCAAGGCCUGGAUGACGCCAGUGAUUUCACACAGAUAAAGGUCAAAGGUGUGGUCUUCCACUACAGACAUGCCUCUGGCCGCUAUGCAUUUUCGUUCAGUGAGGCCCAGAGGGCGUGCGAGGGCAUUGGGGCACACAUCGCCACUCCUGACCAGCUUCUGGCAGCCUAUUACGAUGGCUAUGAGCAAUGUGACGCAGGCUGGCUCGCUGACCAAUCUGUCAGAUAUCCAAUCCAAGUUCCCCGGGAAGGUUGCUAUGGUGACAUGGAUGGCCGCCCGGGAUUGAGGAACUAUGGGACACUGGAAUCAGAGGAGCUGUUUGAUGUGUAUUGUUAUGUGGAGCAUAUUGACGGGGAGGUGUUCCAUGGCUCUGCCCCUCAGCAGCUGUCAUUGGACGAGGCUCGGGCUUACUGCGAGAAGGAAGAGGCAGAGCUGGCUACCACAGGGCAGCUGUACGUUGCGUGGAGCAAGGGUUUGGACAGCUGCAACCCUGGCUGGCUGUCUGAUGGCAGUGUGCGGUACCCCAUCAUCAUCCCUAGGGAGCGCUGUGGAGGGCCUCAGGCAGGGGUCAAGACUCUGUAUCGCUACAGCAACCAGACAGGCUUCCCUGAAUCAUCCAGCCGCCAUGAUGUUUACUGUUUCAGAGGUAUUGGGAAUCCUCACACUGAUGCCCCCAUGGACUACAUGGCCACUGAGCCAGAGGACAUCGGACAAGAUAUUGUCGUUCUUAUGGAGCCUGCUGAGGAGCUCCAUCUGAGCCAGGAUACCGAGCAAGUGGAGCGAGAGGCCCAGAGUGUCCUGGAAUCCCUCCCCGUCUUCCAGUCGGCUCCUGCUCAGGAGGACCUGCAGGGGACUCACCCUACUGCCCUGUCAAGCACAGAGGUCCCCCUCACCCAUACAGCCUCUUCCCAGGACAUUCUCCAGCCCUUUGACGAGACUUCACUUCCUGUAGAAGAAAACUACCACUCCCAGCAUGCUACUUCACUACCCAACACCUCCAGUGAGCCAGACUCCCUCCACGAAGAAGACUAUUACUCCCAGCAUUCUACUUCACUACCCAGCACCUCCAGUGAGCCAGAAUCUCUCUACGAAAGAGACUAUCACUCCCAGAAUUCUAGUUCCAUACCCAGCACCUCCAGUGAGUCAGACUCCCUCCACGAAAGAGACUAUCGCUCCCAGAAAUCUAGUUCCAAACCCAGCACCUCCCGUAAGCCAGACUCCCUCCACGAAGGAGACUAUCACUCCCAGAAUUCAACUUCACUACCCAGCACCUCCAGUGAGCCAGACUCCCUACACGAAAGAGACUAUCACUCCCAGAAUUCUACUUCAUUGCCCAACACUUCCAGUGAGCCAGACUCCCUCCACGAAAGAGACUAUCACUCCCAGAAUUCUACUUCACUACCCAACACCUCCAGUGAAUCAGACUCCCUCCACAAAGGAGACUAUCACUCCCAGAAUUCUAGUUCCAUACCCAGCACCUCCAGUGAGCCAGACUCCCUCCACGAAGGAGACUAUCACUCCCAGAAUUCUAGUUCCAUACCCAGCACCUCCAGUGAGCCAGACUCCCUCCACGAAGGAGACUAUCACUCCCAGAAUUCUACUUCACUACCCAACACCUCCAGUGAGCCAGACUCCCUCCACGAAGGAAACUAUCACUCCCAGAAUUCUACUUCACUAACCAACACCUCCAGUGAGCCAGACUCACUCCACGAAGGAGACUAUCACUCCCAGAAUUCUACUUCACUACCCAACACCUCCAGUGAGCCAGACUCCCUCCACAAAGGAGACUAUCACUCCCAGAAUUCUAGUUCCAUACCCAACACCUCCAGUGAGCCAGACUCCCUCCACGAAGGACACUAUCACUCCCAGAAUUCUACUUCACUACUCAACACCUCCAGUGAGCCAGACUCCCUCCACGAAGGAAACUAUUACUCCCAGAAUUCUAGUUCACUACCCAACACCUCCAGUGAGCCAGACUUCUUCCACGAAGGAGACUAUACCUCCCUUCCAUCUACUUCACUACCCAGCACCUCCAGUGUGCUAGACUCUCUCCACGAAGGCAAUUCCAGUCUCUACCAGCUAGUGCUGGAAACAACCCCAGAAUUCCCAGAGCCGUCCUACGAGCCACACAGACAUUACCAGCCGAUGCCAGAGAUGAACCCGGAGGAACCUGACUACCAACAGUCAGGAUCUUCUAAGCACUUCCAGCCGAUGCCAGAGACCAAUCUUGAGUUGGAUCAAGUGGAAGCCAACUACAGCACAACAGGAGGUAACCAGAGUCAUCGGGAGAAUACAAAAGAGACGACCACAAUGGCCUUUGAACCCAUUGAGAAUGCUACCGAGGCACGUGGCCGUGCCACAGAGAGAAGACACAAAGAGAUGAUCGUGGGAGAGCCUGAGGAGACAUCCAUCUCGACCGAGUCCCCGGGAGAGCUUGAUCCCCGCCCAGCAUGGUCUACCCUCUCCCCUCACGCAAAGGCAACCUCAGUGUGGUCGGCCCUGGAUGGAUCUGGAGAUGUGUCCCAAGAGAUAGAACUAGGUGUCCACCAGGAAAUCCAUACAGACAGAUCCCCCACCCCCACCUCCUCCUCCUCCUCCUCCUCCUCCUCCUCCUCCUUCACCACUCACAUGUCUGCCUCCCCUGGAGUCACCAGCAUCCCCAGUGAGGAGCAGACAGGAGUUAUGCAUUCAAGCAGCAUCUUAUCUGGACCGGAUCAUUCUGAGGAGCUGGGACUGGAUGUAUACUCCACAGUAGGCCAUCCACAAGUAACUUCCUCCACUAGGCCGGAAGGCCGCACCAGUCUAGAUUUUGAGGGUAUCGUCAUUCCAGAGAGAUUGGAACCUUCAGGAGAAGUGGAACUGGCACCAGGGGAGUCUGAUGAGGAGCACCUGGGGUCUGGAGAGGGCAUAGCCACUACCGAGUCUCCAGACCUCUCCACCACCUCCCAGCUGCCCGUCGAGUUUACCACUAUGGGCUAUCAAACAACGACCAUGUCCAGAAUAGAGAUGGAUCCCACAACCACGGACCCUGAAGAAGACGGAAGUGGACAUGAGCCAAGCACCGAUGAACCAUCCCUGGGAGAAAAAGUUACCGUCUUCCCCCUUGAGUCGCAAACAUCCAGCUGGGAUCUGCACCGCACCACCUCUGCACCCCAAGAUUCUCAGGAUGACCUUGAAUACAGCGGGGAACCCCUUUACACCUCUUCCCAGACAGAUCUUCCAGACUCCUCAGAAGAACCUGAUCUGUUUGAGUCAGACUCCUUGUCCACCUCAAGUACGGGUCCCACCGCAGCCACCAUGUCCACAUCCACCAUGUACACCUCCACAGAGUGGGCCACACGGACCUGGAGCCCCACCACCUCCACGACACAAGGUCCCCCAGAAAUAUCUGAGCCGGAGAGGGUGACGGCUCUUAUGCCCCCCGUGGAUCAGGGCCGGUUGGAUCUGGAAUUCGGCCUCACCCAGCCACCCACCCUGCUCAUGUUGCCCAAUGAGAGGGCUGCCGUGGGCAGUGCCAGGAAGAUUUCAGAUGCCUGUCUGGAGGACCCCUGUGCCAACGGCGGCACAUGUGUUGAGAUGGGCGGGAGCACCGAAUGCCUCUGUUUGCCCAGCUAUGGAGGUGACCUCUGUCAGACAGAUCUGGAGCAGUGUGAGGUGGGCUGGCAGAAGUUCCACGGGAACUGCUACAAGCACUUCAACCAGCGGCUGAGCUGGGAAGUGGCGGAACAGCACUGUCGCAUGGUGGGGGGCCACCUGGCAUCAAUCAUGACACCUGAAGAGAAGGACUUCAUUAACAAUAACUUUAAGGAGUAUCAGUGGACUGGACUGAACGACAAGACCAUCGAGGGGGAUUUCCACUGGUCCGAUGGCAACCCAUUGCUCUAUGAGAACUGGUACAGGGGCCAGCCUGACAGUUACUUCCUGUCUGGAGAGGACUGUGUGGUGAUGGUAUGGCAUGAUUCUGGGCGCUGGAGCGAUGUGCCCUGCAACUACCACCUGGCCUACACCUGCAAGAAAGGCACCUCUUCAUGUGGCCCUCCCCCCAAAGUCCGGAACGCAUCCGCCUUUGGGAAAAUUCGCCAGAGGUACGAGACAGACGCCGUUGUGCGCUACUACUGUGCCCAGGGCUUCCAGCAGAGACGAAACCCUCUGGUCGUGUGCCUGCCGGGUGGCAAGUGGGAGGAGCCCCAGAUCCUCUGCAUCCCUGGGGCAGGAAGCACAGCACAGACAGUAGGAGUAACAUCACUAACCACAGGAAGCCAGGAGCUUGCUGAAGAUGAAUCACAAACAACAAAGGAAACGCCUCAAUACUGGGACAUCAAGUGGAACUUUUAAAUUCCAUACCAUGUCCCAGUACACUUCAAGAGUUUCCUUUCCUCAUUGACCAGAGAUCUGAAAUGGCUUAACAGGUAAAGGCAAUGGGGUGAUCUUGAAGGAAAGGAGACAAGGAAAGAGUACUGGGACACAGGGUCAGUCAAGCAUAACCUCUUACAUUCCUACUGUCCUCCCCAAAGCACAUCGAUCUGAAUCUGUUGUAGGGUUAGCCUGGGCUUGAAGGUCUCUUGUAGCCCUACAUAGGAUGCAAUGAAUUGCAAUUUUGUCCUAGAACGCUAUAAUACAGAACCCAGAACAUAUUCUGUGAAAAUCCUAUCACUGAGGCAUAUCUAUAAUCAGUAACUCCUUGUCCGUUCAUUCGGAUUGUAUAAUGUGUGGAUUUGUAAAUAAACUUUCCUCCACACCGGCACAUAACCCCAGGUGUGGUAGACAGACAGUAGGAUAUGCAGUGGCUCGUCUUGAGCACUGUCUAUCACAGGUGAAGUCUGGUGCCGGUUUGGUUCAGACGGUUUCUUUAAAGAUAACCACACUUUGGACAAUCCAGAAGGAUGGACAAGGAGGUAUGGAUUGUAGAUGUGAAUUCAGUAAAAGGAUUAUUGGAAACAGGUAAACCGAUGGACUUUUCGCCAGAUAUGUUCCGGGCUCCACAUUGUAGCUAUCUAGGAUGCCAUUGCAUUCAAUGUGCGGGGUCAUCUGUAAGCCCAGGUCUCUUGUUGGUUUUAAACAGGCCUCAGCACGCUAAUGGUGUUCAGUGAUCUCAUCUCCAUAAUGUAUCAUGUCAGUUCUCAAUCAUUGUUUAUUGACUAUUAUUGGCAAAUCAACUUUAUAAAUCCACCCAUAAUAUUUUCAACAACAGCUGGUCUGUUUGCAAUUCCAUUCAUAUUCCAUCAGCUAAGGACUACCUGGGGUCUGUUCAGGAGGGUGCAAACGUUACAGAAUGUUCAGAUAGAAAUGUAUUGUGUAGAAUAGAUAUGAUUGCCCAGCCUGGCAUCAGAGCCGCACAGAAUAUAAUUGUGUAGUUCUGAGCACCUCCAAGAGGUAUGAUCCCUACAGUCUAGCAAUCCAAAGGUUGCAUGUUCGAGUCGCGUCGGCAUUUUAGCUAACCUGUCCCCUAACCCUUAUUCUAAAUUUAACCCAAUUCACCUGCUAUGUAAAUUCACCUAACCUUUGUCAUUUUAGUUCUCCUAACCUUUGUAGUUAGUUCCCGUAACCACCAAUUUAAAUUAUCCCUGUAAUUGUCCUUUGUUGUUACAGCGCAACAAGCAACGUGGUCUCAGACAAAGACUUGCAAUACUAUAUGUCCUCCAAGACGUAUGAUAUUGUACGACCACUAUUUUAUUCGUAAUGUAACGUAAUGUAUCAUACUAAAUUGAGUGUCACAGAUUUACGUACAGAUUCAUACCAAUUGCCCUGACACCACGUUGGAUUGCCUGUAGACUCGGGACUUGGGAACGACUGUAGUUCUAUAAGUAAUACUUCUACCUGCCAUGAUUUGAACUUUUCAUCUUAUUGAGUACACUGCAGGACAGGUGAGUCAUUAUAGGGAUGUCUGGUUGAGUGUUGACUCUGUGGUCUAACUUAACCUGUCUCACAUCACUACCCCUAUGUCCUUUAUGAGUCCCCGUCAUUAAGCGAAAAGGACUGCAUAGGUGUACGCAAUAUGAUGGAAACUCCACCAAGCCUACCAGAGAGCUAGGUGUGGCUAUUACCACAUUGCUGAUACCAAUACAAAUAUUUCAGAUGCACGAGGUGACAUAACAAAGUCUUCGGAAUGGAAGGAAUGGUUGGUUUGGAAUUGGGGCAGAAAAUCCCUGCGCUCUUAGGAACCCAUAUCAACUCUUGAACUCAGCAUUAUUUCCAUCUCAACCAUCUCACAACCCUAAGCCUUCUUAGACUUUUGUCAUCAACAGACUUUAUAUGAAGAAUGGUGCUAGCUCCCUUGCGUAUGAUACCUGCAUGAAGUACGUUUCAGUUUUUAAGUCCAUAAGAAUGAAACUGGCAGGUUUGUGCAGCAGGAUGUUAGAAAAUAAACUCCAAACAAGCUUGUUUAUUAAGUCAAUUCCAUUAUCGAAGUAGAAUUUACAUUUCUCACAGUGGUCAUAAUUAUUUUGGGGUGAAAAAGGCUAGAGUGAGUGAGUGAGUAGCAUGCAAAAGAUUUGACCAUGGUGACGAUGUCAUUACUGUACUUAUCAAUGAUAUUAAUUUUGUCUCAAAGUAUAUUUGAAUUACUGUCCACUCUUCCCUCUGAUAGAUGCCCUACAUUUUACUGACACAGUUCUAUGAAAAGCUUUAUGUUGUAAUAAAGUUAUUUUUUUAGAAUAAGGCAAGGAUUUAAUGAGUAUUAACCACACAGCCAUUAUCGGAAAUUGUAUUUGUUUGUUCUUUAUUUGCUUCGGUUUUUAUAAGCAUCUUUUACGGUAAUACUGUUCCUUUAUAAACCAACUCAAAUAAAGUUUGAACGUUUCUCUGA